UUUGAGUUGUGUUUUCUGCGCAAGUCAUGAUGGAUCGAGUUGCUUUCAGACUGAUUCUCUUUGGUGUUUUUCUCAUCUCAGCUACUUCAGCUCCUGUUGAGAAGAAACAAAAUGUGGAUAUUUACAGUUUCUAUAUUAACUCCACGGUGUCCAGUCGCUACGCCAUAACAAUCAUCACAAGUCGUGUGGCAAAUAAACUGAGUGAACCUCAAGAGAUCCAGUUUGAGGUCAAGAUUCCCAAGAAUGCCUUCAUCAGCAAGUUCAGAAUGACCAUAGAGGGGAAGACAUAUGAUGGAGUUGUGAAGAAAAAAGAGCAAGCUCAGGAGCAGUACAAUAAAGCAGUGUCUCGAGGAGAAAGUGCUGGAUUGAUCAAAUCUGUUGGACGGACUUUAGAGGACUUUAAAACAUCAGUGACAGUGGCUGCAAACAGUAAAGUAACCUUUGAGUUGACCUACGAGGAACUUUUAAAGCGCCGUCUUGGCAAAUAUGAGCUGCUCAUCAACGCCCAACCAAUGCAGCCAGUGAGGGACUUCAAGAUAGACGUGCACAUUCAAGAGAAUCCAGGAAUUUCCUUCUUGGAGGUGAAAGGAGAUCUGAACACCGGAGAUCUGGCCAGCGCUGUCAAAACCACCAGAGCAGAUAAAGAUGCGUGGGUGACCUUCUACCCCACUGAAGACCAACAGACCAAGUGUGCAAACUGUGCCGAAAAUGGGCUGAAUGGAGAUUUGAUUAUAACAUAUGACGUCAACAGAGGAAAUCCUAAAGGAGAAGUCCAGAUAUCGAAUGGCUACUUCGUCCACUACUUUGCACCUUCUGAUGUUCCACGUAUUCCCAAAAAUGUGGUGUUUAUCAUUGACCGGAGUGGCUCAAUGCACGGCAGAAAAAUGCAUCAGACUCGUUUGGCGCUGUUGAAGAUUUUGAGCGAUCUAGAUGAGGAUGACCACUUUGGAUUGAUCACCUUUGACAGUGAAAUUGACUUUUGGAAACGGGAACUCCUUCAAGCUACCAAGGCAAACCUGGAGAAUGCAAAAUCUUUUGUGAAAAAGAUCCAAGAUAGAGGAGCCACAAACAUAAAUGCUGCUGUUUUAGCAGGAGUGGACAUGAUCAAUCGAAACCCACGAAAGGGAACAGCCUCCAUCCUGAUCCUGUUGACUGAUGGAGAUCCCACUUCAGGUGAAACCAACAUAGAGAAGAUAAUGGCUAAUGUGAAGGAGGCAAUUGGGUCAAAGUUUCCCCUCUAUUGUCUUGGUUUUGGAUACGAUGUUAAUUUUGACUUCCUGACAAAGAUGUCACUGGAAAAUAGUGGAGUUGCUCGCAGGAUUUAUGAGGAUUCAGAUGCUGAUCUACAGCUUCAGGGCUUCUAUGAUGAAGUUGCCGUCCCUCUCCUCACUGAUAUUCAGCUUAAAUACCCAGGAGGGACAAACCUUACCAAGUCCAGCUUUGGCCUGUACUUCAACGGCUCUGAGAUUGUGGUGUCAGGACAAAUUACAGACAACAAUGUGGAGAGUUUCACAACUGAAGUCAUCGCAGUUUCAAAAGCCAAUAAUGUAAUGUAUCAAGACACUGUGGUGAUGAAAGACGCCAGUGACGUCAAACCAGAGAAUGAAGAUUUCUUGCAGCGACUCUGGGCCUACCUUACAGUGAAGCAGCUCCUGGAAAGACAGGUGCUUCUCAAAGGACAAGAGCAAGAGGAUGAAAAGAAAGAAGCUCUUAAACUCUCUCUGACAUACCAGUUUGUCACUCCUCUUACCUCUAUGGUUGUUACUAAGCCACAGGAAGGUGAAGUGGAUGUUGCAGACAAACCCAAAGAGGGUGGAGAAUCGCCCAGACAUCCAACAACUCGUCACCGUCUGGUACCUUAUGGUCCAAGUGGAACACCGGGAUUUAGUCACUACCACUUUUUCUCUAAUUCUCAACCUGGUAUGUCUGGUCAACCUGGUCUGCCUGGUCCACCCGGUCCACCUGGUCCACCAGCUCCACCUGGUGCAGGACGUCUUGGUGGAUCAUAUCUCAGGCAUUUCCAUCAAGCUUCUAUUGUUCCUGAUGACACUUUUUCUUUUCUAGCUUUUGACUAUGAUGAUUUUGUUGGGACCAAUGACCAGGUAAUGAGAUCUGCUGUGGUAUUGCCCACACAUAUGCCAAGGAGAACUUUGCCAAAGGCUACAAGUCUUGCUGAUAUUGUGCCAGUUCAUAAUCGGUUCCUACUUCCUGCUGUUGGUCAGUCUAAGCCGCUUUGUUUUGACAUUCCUGUUCCAAACAAACUCAAACUCUUAGAGGAUUCAGCUUCAGAGUUCUCUAUGAAUGGAGAAUCCACACAUAGCCACAAUGGAUUCCAUAGGAUCGCUUUACAUUACAAAUCAAACUAUGAGCUGGUAAUAGACAAAAGGUCUAUUAAAUAUAGCGACGGCCAGAAUAAUUCUGAGUUCUUAUGGGACCAGGGACCGACCCAACACAGCAUAGAAGGUGCGUCUAUGAUUCUCCGGAACAAUGAGCUGGACAUUACCGUAGGAAUUAUCCGUAUUGUGGUUCUUCUUCACAAGAUAAAUGGUCAGGUGUUUCUGUGGCCUGCUGUUCGGCAACAACCAAAAGACAUCGUUUUGGCAGGCAUUUUAGGGAAAUCUGAUGCUUCAUAUGAUGAGAUUCAAGGAUCACACCCGCCGACUCUGAAGAUAAAUGACAAGGAAGUGAAGGCAUACUUGGAGGAUGUCAAAGACUACAGGCUUCCUUCAGUUCCGGUUAUCAGAUGUUGGCUGGUCUCAUUUGAGGCUGUGAUGGAGGGGGAUGUUUCUGAUUUCACUGUCACUAAGCUGUAGAGUUCAAUGAAAGAUCACGACAGAGCAGAAAGACAAUUGUUAGAACCGGAGAGUCCUACCCUUUGUUUGAUGUGCACUUUGGGAUUGCAAUUUGAUCAAAUAAAUAUUCCUUUUCAUUAAA